AUGACACAGCCAUGCUUUUUAUGGGGCGACCCCAGUGUGGAGCGUCGGGGCAGUCCCUUGAAGACAGCACUUUUAUUGCUAGUGGUUGCAAUCAGCUUCAAGACGGGGUAUGGAGCUUUAGGGGACGCUGUUUCGUCGACGUGCCCCUUCAAGGGUCCCUCUACUGAAACUUUUGUGCGGUGGAGCGACAUCAGCACCUGGCCGAAUGGAGUAGUCCCUGGAGUGGACCCGUCCAAACCAGCAAACGUGGUCAUCCCAUGCGGCCAAUCAAUCCUUCUAGAUCGGCCGAGCCUCAAUCUGGGGCUGUUGAACGUCAGCGGACAUCUCAAGUUUCUUGAUGACCCCAGCUUGCCUCUCAUCUCGAUCAACGCAACUGCAAUCGUCGUCUUCGGUCAGCUGACCAUCGGCACCCCGGCGCAGCAAUUCUCCAACAAAGUGAACAUCACCCUGUUCUCCAAUGGGACCCAGGAGCAGUACGUCAGCUACCCCGCGUUUAACGGCUCUCUACAAAGUGUUGGGGAGAAGGUGUUUGCAGUGGUCGGAGGACAGGUCAACCUGCACGGAAUGCCCGGCGGUUCUCAGACGCCGACUUGGGUGCACCUCUCAGCGACUGCGCGAAAAAACGCGACCAGCAUCCAGGUGGAUACUGACGUCAGCAAGUGGCCGAUUGGCGGCCGGGUCGCGAUUGCGUCAACGGACUACGACAUGGAGCAGGCGGAGACGGUCACGAUCGCCAAUAUCACUUCCGGACCGGGGGGAGCUUACACCCUGACCUUCACCCCCCCGUUGCGUUACAUGCACUGGGGCGACGACAUGGAGUCGGGGGCGCCCGGGAGGCUGCUGUUCCAGAAGGCGGAGGUCGCCCUGCUGACGAGGAACAUUUACAUUCAGGGCCAGCGUGAAAGUGGCCGCCCCCUCGUUGGGGGGCACUUCAUCGUGUAUGCGACCGCGACGCCCCAGUUCAUCGAGGGCGUGGAACUGGCGUACAUGGGCCAACAAGGACAGCUGGGGCGUUACCCGAUUCACUUCCACAUCUGCCGCAGCCACGCCAACUCGUACGUCCGCAAGAUCACCGUCCGAAACACGCUCCAGCGAUGCGUGGUCGUCCACGGCACAGACGACCUGCUUAUCGAAGAAAACGUCGCCUUCAACUCGACGGGCCACUGUUACAUGACGGAAGACGGAGUCGAGGUUAACAACACCUUCUCGCACAACCUCGCCGCGGCCGGCUACCCAGCCAAGGUCCUGAUUCCCCCCCAGUUCACCGAUCCGCCGAAUACGGACAACACCCCCGGACUGUUCUGGAUGGCGAACGCAAACAACACGCUGGUGAAUAAUGCCGCAGGCGGCUCGAGCGGCUCCGGCUUUUGGUACCAAUUGGAGCGACGCGUCCGGGGCAUUAGUGUGGGCUUGCCCGGGGCGAGUGACGUCAGCCCCCGGUACAUACCGAUCAAGCUCUUCGAGAACAACACGGCGCAUUCCUGCUCGCAAGGCGUGACGACCUACGAGCGGGGCUUUAACCCAACCGUAGUAACCCACCCCGUGCCUGGGGUUAACCUCACCACCCCGGUGCCCACGUGGCUAACCGGGGUGAAUUCGUACAAGAACUAUAUUGGAGUCUUCCCGCACAACUCGCAAUGGGUCUCCUUCCGAAACGCCACGAUCGCCGACAACGCUUACGGCGUCCACGCAACCGGGUGGAACCUCCAGAUCCUAGACUCGUUGGUCGUGGCCGAGAGCCAGAACCUCGGGACGCCUGUGUUGUGUACCAACAUAACGGCCUACCCGGAUUGCAUUCCUCUGGAUACUUGCACGCUGCCGGCUCCCGGCGCGCUUGACCCGGCUUUCCGGGUGCGCACGAUUCCCAAUCCUGGUGAGAAUGGAAGGCGUCGGGUCAUUGGGCUCCAACUGAAAGAGGAAGGCUACCCGCUUCCCCUUCCGGGCCAGGGCCUACUCAGAGGCCCUGUUCUCGUGUCGGGAGUUACCUUUAUUGGGUUCUCACCCCGCUGCGACGUCGACUAUUCCGUGACCAGCACGAACGCCGACUUCGGAGCGGGCACCGCUUUCAACCCGGGGCAUACUUUCCAAAACAUCACUCUGAUCAACUGCUCGCGCCCAGUGUUCUACAACCCAGCAGAAACCUGGAACGCCACCGCGAACAAUUUCCUCGGUUACACAUACGCCGACGCGGGGUGGAUGCACGCCAUACGAGAUGCCGACGGCUCCCUCAUCGGGCCCUCCCCGCUGUCCUCCAACUCCACCAGCCUAGUUCUGACCAAGUCCGCGGGAACCGUUACCGCCACCGUUACCGCGGCAGACAUGUUUGUGGGCGUAGCUUCCACCGCCGGGAACACGAACGAGAGCGGGUCGGACCAAUGGGGGGUCGGCUUUGUGGUGUCGAACAGUUCGCACAUGCUGCCGCUGAAAAGCGAUACGAGAGCCGUAUGCGCUCCGGAGCCAACUUGGAAUGCGUACCGAUGUUGGGGGGUGUGCUAUCGCACGCUUUGGGUCUACUACUACGAGCCGGGCUUCGACGGGAAGGAUACCUCCGUUCGAAGCUCGUUGCGCGUAACACGGGUUGCAGACGGAGUGUCAAUCACACUCACGGGGACGUCAGCCUCGGCCUCUGGCACCCUAAUUUCUGGACCCAACUUUUGGCGCGCGUUUUCGGCGAACCUCAUCGUUGGGCCGGCAUACACGUACACCGUUCAGAAGAUUGGCGGCAAGAAGCCUUUCGUAGACCCGUCUUGGAUCUGGUUCGGCUUCCAAGACGACAGCGCAAACUGCGGGCUGUCGUCGAAAGUGCGCAUUCUCACCAACUCGACGAGCACCGUCUAUCAAGUACCGGGCACCGGAGCGGCCUUUCCGUUUUACAAGUACUGCGAGCUUCCGACCGACUCCGUCAAGGGCACGUUCCUUUCAACUUACUGCGACGCGGGAAACAACUCGGUUCUGGAGGCGAACCUCGGCAUCUUGAGACCGCUGAACGAACUCCCGCUGAUCAACGCGACGCUCCAGACGACCAAACCCGGCACGUGUGCUCAGAACGCCACGUGUGGGCUCGUCGCGUCUGGGGACACGUGGCAGUACGUGCCUCGCGCCCCGGUGGCGCCAUACCCGCAAAGUGUCGCGGGAGUGGACGGCGCUCUUUCCGGGCAGACCCCCCUCGCGACCGGCUACGUCCAAAUCAACGACGCACAUUACAGCGUCGUCCCGCACGACGAUCUGGCACCGUCCACCAUAAUUGCCGGCCAGCCCGACACGCUGUACCUCUGGACAAGCUUCACCGUUACCGAUGCCAGCUGUUACCGCAACCUGACGGUCGGCGUCAAAGCGAAGUACGGGUACCGGGUGUACCUGAACGGAAUUCCGGCGGUGACGCAGUGGCUGGCGGUAAACGGAACGGGCCUGCUUUACAGCAUCCAGGCUCCUUACGCCCCGCCGGCUUCGUGGGAGCAGUCCCCGGUUCCGCAAUCGACCGCCGGCGCGGAUGUGAAGAACCAGACGGGUCUCGUGACCGGUACAAACAUCGUGGCGGUGGAAGUCUACCGGUCUGCCCCGAACACUGUUCCCAACCAGAUCUACUUUGACUUCUGGAUGGCUGCUGCUAAUAUAUGUACCUGACUUGGAAGACAAGUCCAUCAGCACUACAGUCGUGGAACGACUUCGCGCUUCAAUCUGGCCGGAGGCAAUGUAUAUGUACGAUAGCUAACCCUUUGUUGUCAUCGCGACACACCGCUCGAGUUGAAAGGACGUGUGCAGUCGAGUUGGCCGCUUGACAUGCUGAAGAAUUGUCCCUACGUUGAGUAAGAAAAUUGAUUGCAGACCCAUCAUUUUGCCGAAUAUUUAUUUGUAUGGCUGCGCUUUGACUACAAUGAUACUAAGAGUCCAAGUAUAGAGCUCUUUGCAACCGAAACUUGAAAGGGGAUAUCAUCGUUUGGAUUUGACGCUACAGUAACGUGUUAGCUUUAUGGCCGGUGUGUCCUGC